CGCGCGCGAGGCCGGAAGCCGCUGAAGCGCUGUGCGGCGGGGCGGGCGGCUCGCCAUCUUCUCCGGCCGGCCGGGGCAGGCGUCCGUCUUCCGGGAGAGGCGGGCGGGCGGCGGCGGCCGAAUGUCCUGGGGAGCUUUAAAAAUCCCAUUGCCUGGGUCCUGCUCCAAGAGAUCCUGGUUUGAUUGAUCUGGGAUGUGGCUGGAAGAUGAUUGGAAUUCUUAGAAGCUCCCCAGGUGAUUCCCAAGCCAAGCUCAAGAGCCGCUGUGCUAACAGACCACCUUGAUGCAGGAUGCUGUGUUCUCUGCUCCUUUGUGAAUGCCUGUGGCUGAUAACUGCUUACGCUCACGAUGAUGACUGGAUCGACCCUACAGACAUGCUCAACUAUGACGCUGCUUCAGGAACAAUGAGGAGAUCGCAGGUGAAAUAUGGUACAUCAGAGAAAAAAGAGGUCAGUCCUGACUUGUCAUAUGCUGUUGAAUUGUCGGAAUGUUACAACCAAAUUGAUUCUCUAACUCAUAAGAUUGAUGAGUGUGAAAAGAAAAAGAGGGAAGACUAUGAAAGCCAAAGCAAUCCUGUUUUUAAGAGAUACUUAAAUAAGAUUUUAAUUGAAGCCAGAAAGCUUGGACUUCCUAAUGAAGACAAAGGCGAUAUGCAUUAUGACGCUGAGAUUAUCCUUAAAAGACAAACCUUGUUAGAAAUACAGAAGUUUCUCAAUGGAGAGGACUGGAAACCGGGAGCCUUGGAUGAUGCACUAAGUGAUAUUUUAAUUAAUUUUAAGUUUCAUGAUUUUGAAACGUGGAAGUGGCGAUUUGAAGAUUCCUUUGGGGUGGAUCCAUAUAAUGUGCUGAUGGUGCUUCUGUGUCUGCUUUGCAUCAUCGUAUUGGUCGCUACCGAGUUGUGGACAUAUGUGCAUUGGUACACCCAGUUGAGACGUGUUUUAUUCAUCAGUUUUCUCUUCAGCUUGGGAUGGAAUUGGAUGUAUUUAUAUAAGCUGGCCUUUGCACAGCACCAGGCUGAAGUUGCCAAGAUGGAGCCAUUAAACAAUGUGUGUGCUGAGAAGAUGGACUGGACUGGAAGCCUCUGGGAGUGGUUUAGAAAUUCAUGGACCUAUAAGGAUGACCCAUGCCAAAAAUACUAUGAGCUCUUAUUAGUCAACCCUAUUUGGCUGGUCCCACCAACAAAGGCACUGGCAGUUACAUUCACCAACUUUGUCACAGAGCCAUUGAAACACAUUGGAAAAGGAGCUGGUGAAUUUAUUAAAGCAAUCUUGAAGGAGAUCCCAUUGAUACUUCACAUUCCAGUGCUGUUAAUUAUGGCAUUAGCUGUCCUGAGUUUCUGCUAUGGUGCUGGAAAAUCAGUUAAUGUGCUGAGACACUUAGGUGGUCCUGAAAGAGAACCGUCCCAGGCACUUCAGCCAAGUGAUAGGAGAUGGCUGCAGGAAAUUGAUUAUAGACCCCGUGGUGGAGCAGGUGAUGCAGAUUUCUAUUAUAGAGGCCAAAGGUGCCCCGUUGAGCAAGGCCCAUAUGACAAAACAUAUGAUGGUAGGAGAGAUGUUUUGAGAAAGGGAGAUGCUGACUUGAGUCAUAAGACUGACAACAAGAGCCCUGAAGUGCUCCGGGCAUGUGAUUCUCCAGAAGCAGAGGCGAGAGAGCAUCCCGAGGUGGUACCCAGUCAUAAAUCACCUGUUUUGGAUACAAAGCCCAAGGAGAUGGGUGGAAUCCCAGGAGAAAGCAGUAUUGAAAGCAGUCAGUGUGCUGAGCCUGUUUCCGGUCCAGAGAGAGCAGAGGGUACGGAAGGUUCACCUGCAGUGGGAAAGACCCAGCUCAGGACUGAAGCCAGAGGCGGCCCAGCGUCAGCCUGCACGUCCAGCCCUACCAGCACUGCAGCAGGAGUGCAUGAGAAGGAUCCAGACGGCGGCCCACAUGGCUAGAGGAACGGACUUGGACCACAGCUCUGAGAUAACCAUUUGGGGAUGAAAUCUACUUUGACAGCUAGCAAGGCAACAUGCUACUGCUGUUGAAUGAUGACAGCAAUUCAGGGAAGACUUAUUAAAGCAAACUGAACAUAUCAAGGCCAGUUUAUAACUAGAAAAAAUAGGCUUGUUUAUUGUCUAGCCAGUAUUUAUCAUUAAAAUCAAAGAUUACAGUUAUGCUUUUAGGAAAAUCAGAAUGGGAUAGACAGCUUUUAAAAGCAAUUUUUAAAUUGAAUGGAUAAUGUUGAAUGUUUAUAGGGUCUAAGAACUACCAUAUGCAUGAAGUAAAAACUUACUUUUACAUUA